UAACGUGAACAAUGUCCAGAAAGAGGACUAGGCACCUUCGUGAAGCUUCUGGUGCAGUGCAAAAAAAAAAACAAGGUUAGAAGCUUAUAGUCAGGUGGCUGGCCGCAUCCAUAUUCUGAACAAAUCAAGACGUCGGCAUUAGAUGAGUGUUUGAUAGAAAAGGACCUGUGUCCCAUGAGAUGAUAGCAAGAAAUCAGCGUUUCCCCAUAUCCCAGGUCAAAGAAUAUGACGUCCACACAAUCCAACUCCAAAGGUGUCGCAGUCGUCACUGGAUCUGCGCAAGGAAUUGGGCGGAGCAUCGCAAUACGCCUUGCAGGGGAUGGCUACGACGUCGUGAUCAACGACUUGGAAAGCAACAAAGAAAAUUUGGAGGAAGUCAAGAAGGACAUCGCUACCGAUUUCCCGGAGCGCCGAGUGUUGAUUGUGUUUGGGAAUGUCAGUAUCGAGGAGGAUGUCAAGGGCUUGGUCGAAAGUGCAGUCAAAGAAUUUGGCCGCUUGAAUGUUUUUGUUGCAAAUGCGGGCAUCAUCAAAACGAAACCACUUUUAGAAAUGACUUCUGAGGAUUUCGAGUCUGUGCUUUCCGUCAACGUCACAGGCACCUUCUACAGCUAUAAAUAUGCAGCGCAGCAGAUGGUAGCUCAAGGUGAGGGCGGGCGAAUUAUCGGUGCGAGCUCCCUUGCGGGAAAGAAAGGGCAUGCCGCACUUAGCGCUUACAGUGCGUCUAAGUUUGCUAUCCGAGGGUUGACGCAAACCGCAGCCAUCGAACUUGGUCGCAACGGAAUCACAGUGAACGCAUAUGCGCCAGGAACAAUUCAAACACCAAUGCUUGCUAAGUUGGCUGGAUCAGCUGAUUAUAACGACGUUUAUGAUGAGUUCAAACGGUUGUCAGCCGUAGGCGACCUCGGAACUACCCAGGAUGUUGCGAACCUGGUUUCAUUUCUGGUGACCCCAGAAGCACGUUUCAUCACAGGCCAAACAAUAAUGAUCGAUGGCGGUAUCUUCUUCGAUUGAUGGUGAAUUGCCACAAUGUUACGCGUUAUAUUCUGAACAGCAGAAAUCUUCUCACCUGUACCCACGGCCGUGUACGCCUUCGUGUCCAGUUUUGUACUUUGAAACUUUCUUUUCUGUAAUGAUGGUACGCCUCCCGCAGCAUGUUACAUCCUGAUCCGUGCGAAUCGUGUAUUCCCAGACGAACAUUCAUAAGGAACACAGUAACCCUACUAAAUAAAAAUUUACUUC